ACUCCCAGCCGGCUAUUAAUCCGCGCGGCGCUGCCAGCCGGCGAGCUGGUGCUUCGCCGGAGACUCCGCGCCCAGGCGUGCCGCCCCAGGAACCGCGCGAAGGUCACCGCUGCCCGCCGCCUACCCAUCCAUUCAUCCAUCUUCCGUCCGUCUGUCGAUCCCUUGCGCUACGCUUGCUUCUCAGCCGCCCCAGCCACCCAGCGCCAUGAACCAGAUAGAGCCCGGCGUGCAGUACAACUACGUCUACGACGAAGAUGAGUACAUGAUCCAGGAGGAGGAGUGGGACCGCGACCUGCUCCUCGACCCGGCUUGGGAGAAGCAGCAGAGGAAGACCUUCACUGCCUGGUGCAACUCACACCUGCGCAAAGCUGGCACGCAGAUUGAGAACAUCGAGGAGGACUUCAGGAACGGCCUCAAGCUCAUGCUGCUUCUGGAAGUCAUCUCAGGGGAAAGGCUGCCUAAACCUGACCGGGGCAAAAUGCGGUUCCACAAGAUUGCUAAUGUCAACAAGGCUUUGGAUUACAUAGCCAGCAAGGGAGUGAAACUGGUGUCUAUUGGGGCUGAAGAAAUAGUCGAUGGCAACGUGAAAAUGACCCUGGGUAUGAUCUGGACCAUCAUCCUCCGCUUCGCCAUUCAGGACAUCUCAGUGGAAGAAACAUCUGCCAAAGAAGGCCUGUUGCUAUGGUGUCAGAGGAAGACGGCGCCAUACAGAAAUGUGAACAUCCAGAACUUCCACACCAGCUGGAAAGAUGGCCUUGGACUCUGUGCCCUCAUCCACAGACACCGGCCCGACCUCAUUGACUACUCAAAGCUUAACAAGGAUGACCCCAUAGGAAACAUUAACCUGGCCAUGGAAAUAGCAGAGAAGCACUUGGAUAUUCCUAAAAUGCUGGAUGCUGAAGACAUUGUCAACACUCCCAAACCCGAUGAAAGAGCCAUCAUGACUUACGUUUCCUGCUUCUACCAUGCUUUUGCGGGAGCGGAGCAGGCCGAGACAGCAGCUAACAGGAUAUGUAAGGUUCUUGCUGUGAAUCAAGAGAAUGAGAGGCUGAUGGAAGAAUAUGAGAGGCUAGCGAGUGAGCUUUUGGAAUGGAUUCGGCGCACAAUCCCCUGGCUGGAGAACAGGACGCCCGAGAAGACCAUGCAGGCCAUGCAGAAGAAGCUGGAGGACUUCCGGGAUUACCGUCGUAAACACAAGCCUCCCAAGGUGCAGGAGAAGUGCCAGCUGGAGAUCAACUUCAACACGCUGCAGACCAAGCUCCGGAUCAGCAACCGGCCCGCCUUCAUGCCCUCCGAGGGCAAGAUGGUGUCGGACAUUGCUGGUGCCUGGCAGAGGUUGGAGCAGGCCGAGAAGGGCUAUGAGGAGUGGCUGUUGAAUGAGAUUCGGAGACUGGAGCGCUUGGAGCAUCUGGCUGAGAAGUUCAGGCAGAAGGCCUCCACGCACGAGACAUGGGCUUAUGGCAAAGAACAGAUCUUGCUGCAGAAGGAUUAUGAGUCGGCGUCCCUGACGGAAGUGCGGGCCCUGCUUCGCAAGCAUGAAGCCUUUGAGAGUGACCUGGCUGCACACCAGGACCGUGUGGAACAGAUCGCUGCCAUUGCACAGGAGCUCAAUGAACUGGACUAUCAUGAUGCUGUGAACGUCAACGAUCGGUGCCAGAAAAUUUGUGACCAGUGGGAUAGAUUGGGGACACUCACGCAGAAGCGGAGAGAGGCCUUGGAGAGAACUGAGAAGUUGCUGGAGACCAUUGACCAGCUGCACCUGGAGUUUGCCAAGAGAGCUGCACCCUUCAACAACUGGAUGGAGGGCGCCAUGGAGGACCUGCAGGACAUGUUCAUUGUCCACAGCAUUGAAGAGAUCCAAAGUCUGAUCACUGCCCAUGAGCAGUUCAAGGCCACGCUGCCCGAGGCUGACGGGGAGCGGCAGUCCAUCCUGGCCAUCCAGAACGAGGUGGAGAAGGUGAUCCAGAGCUACAACAUCCGCAUCAGCUCCAGCAACCCCUACAGCACGGUCACCAUGGAUGAGCUGCGCAACAAGUGGGACAAGGUGAAGCAGCUGGUGCCCAUCCGGGAUCAGUCCCUGCAGGAGGAGCUGGCUCGCCAACAUGCUAAUGAACGCCUGAGGCGCCAGUUUGCUGCCCAGGCCAAUGCCAUUGGGCCCUGGAUUCAGAACAAGAUGGAGGAGAUCGCUCGAAGCUCCAUCCAGAUCACAGGGGCCCUGGAGGACCAGAUGAACCAGCUGAAGCAGUACGAGCACAACAUCAUCAACUACAAGAACAACAUCGACAAGCUGGAGGGCGACCACCAACUCAUCCAGGAAGCUCUGGUCUUCGACAACAAGCACACUAACUACACCAUGGAGCAUAUCCGUGUUGGAUGGGAGUUGCUGCUGACAACUAUCGCCAGAACCAUCAAUGAGGUGGAGACCCAGAUCCUGACGAGAGAUGCAAAGGGCAUCACCCAGGAGCAGAUGAAUGAGUUCAGAGCCUCCUUCAACCACUUUGACAGGAGGAAGAAUGGCCUGAUGGAUCACGAGGAUUUCCGAGCCUGCCUCAUUUCCAUGGGCUAUGACUUGGGUGAAGCUGAGUUCGCCCGCAUUAUGACUCUGGUUGACCCCAACGGACAAGGCACUGUCACCUUCCAGUCCUUCAUUGACUUCAUGACCAGAGAGACUGCAGACACGGACACCGCAGAGCAGGUCAUCGCCUCCUUCCGGAUCCUGGCUUCUGAUAAGCCCUACAUCUUGGCAGAGGAACUUCGCCGAGAGCUGCCCCCGGAUCAGGCUCAGUACUGCAUCAAGAGAAUGCCCCCUUACUCGGGCCCAGGCAGUGUUCCCGGGGCCCUGGAUUACACUGCCUUCUCCUCUGCCCUCUACGGGGAAAGCGACCUCUGAUGCUGUUUCUGUAACCCCUGACCCUAUCAGAAUGCAAUAAAGGCUGAAGUAUAGGUUGUUUCCUGGAAACUUUGACAAAGUUUAUUAAGAGGUGUGGUGAGCUGGAUGUGGUAGCAUACACCUUUGCUCCUUGAGCUUGGGAGGCAGAGGCAGGUAGAUCUCUGUGAGUUCAAGGACAGGCCUGAUUUACCUAGAGAGUUUCAGGAUAGUUAGGGAUACAUAGUGAGACUCUGUCUCAAAAACAAACAACAGAAGAUAGAAUAAGGGAGGAGCUAAGAAGAAAGGUCAGUCUAUGAAGCGCUUAAAGACCUGAGUUUGAGCCUCAGAGCUCACAGGAAGGAAGGAAGGAAGGAAGGAAGGAAGGAAGGAAGGAAGGAAGGAAGGAAGGAAGGAAGGAGGGAAGGAAGAGCCCAGGAGCCUGUAAGAUGUUUCAGCAGGUCCAGGCACUUGCCGCAAGUCUUAACAGCCUGAGUUUGAUCCCUGGAUCCCAUGUGGUGGAAGGAGAGAACCGAGUUUUCCUCUGGCUUCCACGUGUACAUGCACAUGUGCCCCUGUACAUACAUGAUCGUGUACAUGCACAUGUGCCCCUGUACAUACAUGAUCGUGCACAUGCUCAGAGGAUUUUCCUUGCAGCUCAUUCUUUCCCAUCCUGUGUCAGGCAGAAGCAGUUUCAAUGCCUGUGAUGUAUUGGUUCUUUUCCCUUGAGUUUCUUUCUGAAUUUUUAGCUAAAUGAAAUGAAAGAGUAGGUUUUCUUUUUUCUUUUUUUUUUUUAAAUUAAGUGAACCAGAUCACUUAAAUCCUAUGAAAACAGGGUGAUCUAGAGGUGGUUAGUGAAAGUAUGGAAACCAAAACAUUCAGGAUUUAUGACUGGGGAAGCAAUCACAAAUUGGUACCCUGAAGGUCUGGUAAAGGUUUGAUGUUUGAAAUACAUCUGUAUGCCUUUUACGUUUAUGUGGCUGGCCUUGGGAGGGCAUGUUUGGGAUUCUAGGAUUCUUUUUUUCUUGCUUAUCUAAAGAUCAACUGGACUUAAAUAUAAGUAAUGUCAUUAGUGGAAUUAAACAUUAUGAGAUGGCCCUGCCCAUGGGAAAAAUAGUUUGUGCAAAAGAUAAUUUAACAUUUAAAACUUUUUUUUCUUGAGACAGUAUUUCUCUGGGUAGCACAGGCUGGCUUCAAACUGAUGAUCUUCUUGCUUCAGCUUCCUAAUUGUAGGGAGAUUAUGGGCAUAUGUCAGUAUGGCCCCCUUUUAAUAAUUAAAACAAAGCUUUUUUGUUGUUCUUUGAGAGACUCAUUAGCCCCAGUCGACCUUGAACUCAGUAUAUCGCUGAGAAUGACCUUAAACUCCUGAUGCUCCUUCUUCUACCUUCAAAAUGCUGAGAUUACAGCGCGUCCCCAAAGUCAGGCUCAUUAAAAUCUAAAAAAAUGGGUUUUUAUUCUAUUAUUACAUUUUAAUCCAUUGUGUAUGUAUGUGGCCGUGUGAUGACAUGUGUAUGGAGGUCAGAGGACAACUUCUGGGAGUUUCUUCUCUUCUACCAUGUGAAUCCCAGGGAUCCAACUAUGGCUGUCAGGCUUGGUGGCAGGCACCUUCACCUCCUGAGCCAUCCUGUUGGUCUUCAUUAACAUUUCUGGAUAAUUAAUUUUUAUCAUGUUCAAUUAUGCAAAUGUGUGUGUUUGUGUAGGUGUGUGUAUGUGAGUGCAGUGCAUGAGAGGGUCAGGGAUGGGGUUACAGGUAGUUUUGGGCCACCAGACACAGGUGCCACGAACUGAACUCUGGUCUCCUGGAAGGGCAGUGAGUCUCCUUAACUGCUGAGCCAUCCUCUUCCCUCUCUCACUGUCUUUGAAGUAGAGUUUUCAGUCAUCUCUUCACGGUAGAGGAUUGGACAGUCUGAUUUGGGGGGCGGGGGCGGGAAUCUUCCUUGGGAAGUGAGUUCCAUUGCCAGAGAUGGGGGUGGAGUCAAGAAGGAAAUGCUGUCUCUUGAUUCACGAUGCUCAUGUUUUUCCCCCAGAGCUUUUUGUAGAAGUUGUUUGUUUUUAAAGAAGGACCUGACCAUAGCCGUUCCCGGUAAGACAAGAAGGCAGCAGUAUAGGGUCUCAGGUGGAGCUCUGUCAUGCCUUAGCAUGGAGAGGGGUGCCAUUCUCGGUUGCAGGAGGUGAGGCCCUUUUGCACUCCUUUGCUUCACUCCUGUGAGUCAACAGUACUAGAGGGAAGGAGUUCAAGUUGAAUGGGGCAGUGAGUCACCGUGUGGCUGUCUGGGUCAAGGACACAGGACAUCAUCUGUACUUUCCACUUGGUGUCUGGUCUGUUCAGUGUGUAUUAAUUUUCCAUUACUGUUGUCCAAAACUACACACACACACACACACCCCGCCCCAAGAGAGAGUUGCCAUCAUGCUGACAGCUUGUAGCAAACAAAGUGGGAACUCCUUUUAAAUGUUGGUCCUUAAUGAUCAGGAAAUGAGCUAUAAACAAACAAAAACAGUUGCUAAUUGCCAUUAAAGUGUGAAUGGAGAUGGGGCAAUGUGUCUUCUGACUACAUCUGUUUCCUUGGCUUUGAAAAGUUUCCACAAACAAUGAGAAAUUUGUUCUUUUUCAUUUACCAGUGUUUGCUGAUAAUCUUACUGACCUUUCACCUUGACUGUUGCAUUUGAAGCGGGUGCUUUGCUCCAACUGGAAAUGUGAAAAAGAAUCCCGAAAGUAAUUUUUCUUAACUAAGAACUUGUACUUUAGGGUGUCCACAGUCAACUCAUUUCUCAAAAAACUUUUAACCCCUCUACAAUAUUUAGCAAGAGAUUGGAUUAGUACUAUCUAAUGAUAGAUGGGGAAGGGAAAUAAGCCAUGAGAAACAAUAAAAUAUUUAUACUGUCAUCCUAGAGGUUGUUUUUAUUUCUGAUCAUGAGUUAUCAAUUAAACCUGUCAAAGAAAAAGCAUCUGUUCUUUUAAAUCAUAUUAUCAUUUAUCAUAUGAUUUAUCAUAUCAUAAAGGAUACACUGGGUUAACUGUAAGCAAACCUCUCGUAUUUGAAAACACUCAUUUUGGUGUUAUAUUUGCCUUCCUCAAAGAGUCAGAGACUGACUGAUGUGGCUCAUUUGGUAGAAUGAUUUCCCAGCACACACAGAACCCUGGGUUCCCAGCCCCAGCACCGAGUAAACCAAGUCUAGUGGCACAUGCCUAUGGUCCUGGUAUUCUGUAGGUGGAAACAAGAAGGAUCAGAAGUUCAAGGUCAUCUUUACCUACAUAAGGAGUUCCAGGAUAGCUUGGCUUACACAAAUGAGACUCUGCCUCAGAAAGGAAGAAAGGAAAAAAAAAAAAGAAGAAGAAGAAAAGGAGGGAUGGGGAAACUUGUAUGUAGCGUGGGGCAAACUUGAGAUGGGGAGUCGGAACUGACCCACUUCAGGGUGCGUAGUGCAUGACUCAGGAGGAAUGUUUAAACAGCAGGUCAGUCCCGAAUUCUCAGGAGAUAAACAUGUGUUAAUCGUGUAUACAUCCAGUUCUUUCUUCUAGGUUUCACAGCAUGAAGGUCUAGUCAAUGACUUGGACAUUUGUGUUUUUAUAAACAUCAAAGAAAUUCUGAACCCUCACCCGAGAUUUCUGUGGCAUAAAGGAACGGCCAUUUAGUAAUCAAAAUCCCUAGAAAUUAGAAAAGCCCUCACUGGAAAGGUUAAUAGGAAGUUGGACAAUAAGAGUGGCCAGGACUGAUCUUUGUGUUGUCUGUUGGGCAGUACAAAAAUGCUUGGUUGUGGCCAGGGAUGAUGGCUCAUACCUGUAUGGUCAGCACUUGUGAGGUAGAGUCAGGAGGAUCAGAAAGUCAAGGUCAUUCUUAGGGAGUCAGGCUGUCUGGGUCUGUGUGAAUCCCUGUUUCAAAACAAGUUCACACCACAGCAGGUUAGGCUUCUUUACUGAGAAAACAAAAGGACAGAAGAAAAGCUUGGGAGUUCAAGGAUGAGGCACAUAUGUAACUCCUUUUGUAUGGCUAGGAACUUCCUGGAAGGGAAGCCAUGUUGGCAGAUGAAUAGGGAGUGCGUUGUAUGGUCCAUUGCAAGACAAGACCAGAAGAGGAUGGUUCAUUCUGCAAAUAGUAGUUACACAGGAGGCAGAAUGUCCCUGUGAAUACUCAGCAAAAGCCAGGAAAUGGUAUUAUGGGCAGAACUUCAUAAAAAAAAUUGAAAUGAGGAUAGGGAAGACUAAGAAUGAGGUUUAGAGGUUAAGAGGAUAGAGCAUUGACCCAGUAGCAGGCCAUAAGCUCUAUGCUGGCCCAGUUGGAGAAAAUGCCUCUGUAAGAUCCAUCUGUAGGGUGUUUUCUUCAGUGAUUUAUGGAGGAUGGCCCAGCUCAUUUUGGGUGGUACCAUCCCUGGGCUGGUGAUCCCAGGUUAUAUAAGAGGGUGAACAAGCCAGCAAGUAGUGUUAAGAGACAAUUUUCCGGGUCUAACCAUGUCAGGAACAAGUUCCAUCUUGCUGGCAGUCAAAACUGAGUUCAUAUUUCCAGGCCCUGGAACCCAAUGCCUAUCUUGUUUCUUCAGAUGUUUCAUUUUUGUCUGUUAAUCAGUAAAGGAUGUAAAAAGAGAAGGUGCCAUUAUCUGUUAUCUAAGCUAAGACACACAGGUUGUAAAUGUGUUGCCUGUCUUGAUUUAAAGCUUGCUCACUCCUUUGUUCCUUUAUCAUCCUAAAUUCUGGUUCAGAGUCCAGGAGCAGACAUGACUGCAAAUAACUGAGUGGAGGAUCCUGAAAUCAGGUGACCUGGAAAGGCCCAGUCACCCACAUUUACUUCCUUGCUCAACCCCUUGUGUCAAAAUAUGAUUGGUCAACUCAACAGCCCACUCCACUCCUGUUUGCAUCCUUUAAAACAGUUGUACAAUCUCCCUUUGGGGAUGCAGUUCAGAUUCUGAACCGGCUGCCUCCCUGCGCAUGCA